AUGUCGAAUAUUGAUUCCCUGAUUCAGCAGCAACAGCAUCAGCAACAAUCGUCUCAUCCUCACUCGUCGUCGUCGACGGCAUCGUUGCGCAAGCCCUCGCGUAUCCUGAGUGCGGCGCAACACUCGCAGGGCGGCAACAAAUUCAACUUUCAAAUUCACAACAACAACAACGGCAGCGAUGACGGCAAUGGAAAUUCUGCCAUAGUUGGGGCAUCGUCACGCGGCGCAGAUCCCUUCUUCAAUGCCUCCAACUCGAGUUUCCACUCCAACAAGUCCGUGAAGAACCGCAAACUGUUAAAGAGCAUCGACAAUGCCGCGUUAUACAAUGACGCCAAGGUCUUAUCGCUGAAUCGCAGCAACUACAACAAAAAUUGUGCCAUUUUUAGUAAGGAAUAUUAUGGUAGUCAUACAUUCGAUAAUAACAAUACACUCACAAAAGCAACAAAUACAGCAGCUGCAGCAGCAGGAGCCACGUCAAAGGCGGGCAGCAACAAAGGUAAUAACAGCAAGGCGUCGCGCAAAACGUCCUCGCACAACGAUCAAAUUCAAAUUGGUAUGGAAAUACACAUACAAGGGAGUUACAAGUGUUUUCAAGCAUAGCGUAUCACGCUGGAGGGAAGCGAUACCUCAUGGAUGCCGGGCCAAAGCCCGCCACUCAAAUGUGCAUUCCUUGGAGCGAGCGGCGUCGGCAAAACAAGCAUCUUACAGCAAUUCUUCCGUCACGAGUUUUCAAAAAGGCACGUCCCAACGACAAAACGCAACGUCUAUCGAAGCUGCUGCGUGUGUGAUACUUGCAUUAGAGAGCUGAUGGUUCUCGAUGUUGCACCACAGAAACGAUUCCCCGUGGACUCGUUAGCUGAAUGGAAUAAUGGCAACCCAUUAGGUUUAAGGAAUGUAAAUGCAUAUGUUUUGGUCUUUGAUAUGGGAAAUUUGGAAACGUUCCAGUAUUGCCGAAAUAUGCGCGAACAAAUACAAGACAGCUUCGAUCAUCGCGACUUCGACAUCAUGGUUGUCGGUAAUAAGUACGAUCUCGUGUCAGAGACAAAUAUUCACUCGCAGGAACUCAAGGACAUCUCAACACUCGUUCGCAAACACUGGAGAUGCGGUUAUGUCGAAUGUUCCGCCAAAUACAAUUUCCGCAUCAACGACAUUUUCCGUGAGCUGCUGGGACAUUCGGGCGCCGGUUAUGCUCCCAAAAUGGAAUACUCCAACCAUUCUAGACACAAAAGCAAAUGCACUAUACUUUAGCAACUCCCAUAGUUAGGAAUUAUCAAUUACAAAUAUUCCUUGUUGCUGCUCUCGUUCUCGUCACGACGCCUACUGAACAUGAAAAAAUAACAAAAAAGAAGAAAAAUUGGAGAAAAAUUAUUAUUUAGAGGCAACCCGCCUCUCUGUUGUUUCUCGCAAAUUCAAUUAACAAACGCGAAAAACUUCAAAGACGACAAAUGUGCUUGACAGACAUCUCUUGAACACACACAACACUCGACGCGAAAGACGCUUUUCCGCGAAAAUUAAUUGAUUGAUAAUGUGUGUGUGUGCUCAAAUAAUGAAAUUGAACAAACUCAGAAGACACAUCGAAGACAUUUACUUAAUUUAGGUAUUAAUAACAAACAAAAAAGA